AUGGAAGAAUAUGAAUAUGAACAAGUUCUCGAGUAUGAGAACGAAAUCUAUCAAGUUAACGAGGAUUCAGAAAGUGAAAACGAAGAGUUGACAAAUGCGUUAGCACAAAUAUAUUACGCAGUAGAUAAUUCAAUAUCUGAUAUACAAAAUAACGAAGCAGCAACACCUAAUCUUGAAAUCAAUACGAGAAAAAUUACCAAAAAUAAUAGUAAUAUAUCAUUAGAGAAUAAGAAGCCAAGUCCGGUUCCGAUUCAUACAGAAAAUGCUGAUUCACAUAAGCGAAAAAGAAUAGUGUAUGAUGAGUCACAUAAAAAAUUUCCAUCACAUGAUAAUAGACAAUGUUGCGUACUUUGCAGAGAAUCUAAUCACGAUGAACACACUUGUGAGAAUAUACUUUAUCCUGAUAAUGAUGAGUCGACUUGGAGACGAUACAAUUUAACAGCGUCAACAGUAUGUAAAAGAAGCUUUAGACUGUAUUGUUAUCAUUGUACUAGAAAUCACUUUGGACAAGAUUGCCAACACAAAUCACGUAAUGAAAUCAAUUUUUCCCCUCCAUUCCGAAAUGAUAUGUCACAAAGAGAUUAUUCCAGACUCGAAAAUUCUCUGAAUUUAUCAAGGUGA